CACAACUCCACGCGCGGCCCUUUGGUCAAGCCUUUUUUUUCUUCUUUUGGUCCCAAAAGAAACAGAGCGCCUGAAGGCUUCAGUUUUGGUCAUGUUCCAAGCUGAUGGCCAUAUUUCACAUAAUAUACACCUAACUCAUGACUCUUUCACCCAUCUACCUAUCUAGCAAUAGUGAGCUUGCGCCUACGCGCGAUCUAGCGUUUCCACUAGAUUAGAAUCAAUUACGUUUUUGCUGCCUCUCGGCCCAAGCGAGGGCGCUCCAUUCGGUCUCAAAUCCACUCAGGGGCACACCGACACACGCCCGUACCUAGCCCGCGUUACUCAGGUACUCCUUGUCCCGCACUAUCGUCCAACAGUGCUCUCGCAACCGUCCCAGUUAACCCGCAACUGUAGCGGUGCAGUCCUUGCAGUCCCAGUCCAGCGCAGAGCGUGAAGCAGCGGGUCGGCUCCAUUCAGAUGCUCCUGUGAACCAAGCUUCAUCAAUCAUUACGAGCGGCAUCCCCCCUAAGCAGAACCCUGACCGUUUAUUUUUUUGUCCCUCUUCUAAACAAGUGCUGCACCCCAAAACCUUGCUGCACACGAAUUGCAUCUAUCCCAGCAGAGCAAAUUCUCGAAGGCCGACUUGAACUUUGUCCCAUCCCUCCCGAGAAAGCAAUUUUCUGCACAUUCAUGAGCCGGUACGAUCUUUGCAUUCCCUGUAGCUUACUCGGUUCUCGACCUUGAGUUUGGACUGGCGCCGGCCAACGCGAACAGCCGCCACCAUAACUCGCCGUCACCAAACCAAACCGUUCAAGCCAGCAUUCGAGCCGGGUAAGAAAAAAAAGGAGAAGCGAAACAUUGCCCCAGCUUUCAUUCACCACCCGAACCGAGUAAACAACCGACCUGCCGCGACAAAGUGGCAGAAAAAAAAAAAACCACAUCUUGCACAUCUACCUCCACCGGUCAUUUCCCCGGCACUUGCGUGUUUUCUCGCCUGUCUCGCUGCUGCAUCGACCCGCUCGCUGCCCUCCCACCUGGGCCAACAAAAAAACCCGCCGAGGUCCGCCUGCCGAGCAAAGGUGCGAUCUGGUCAGUUGUCGCCGUCAAUCAAAUCAUUUUUCUCGACAACCUCGAUGCGGAAGUUUCAUCAAUUAUCACCUUAAUUACACCGUACAGUACCGACAGCCAAACAUCAAACACCGUUUGCUCCACUCGCUCGCCUGCCCCAGGGAAAUAAUCGCGCAAUGACCACGGCAAUUUCCAGUAAUCACGAACCGCCCUAUCCUCCCUCGUCAGGAGAUAGAGGUCAGGCUUAUCCUCCCGUUUCAAGGUCCCAGUCUACUCGACAUCGUCCAUCGACUGCUCAACCGCCAGCACCGCACCGGUCGGUGUCUCACAAUCACUCCGGCAGCAUGUCCAGCAGGCCGUCGUCAUCGGCCAGGCCCGUUCAGGAUGUCCUUCCUAAUAACGACUACGAAACCACGAACGUGGCUCAGAAGGCUACAAAGGAUAGUCGGCCCCCGCAAUCCUCGAGGGAUACUGCAACGAGACAGCAUCGUCGCUCUGGAAGCCAAAGGUCGGGUCACCACGGCCAUGAUGGCAACGCCGAAGCCGGCCCGUCUACACCAUCUCAAGCCUCCCACGGCUCGUCGGACCCGCGAACGCGUAAGAUGAGGACUGUGAUCCCUGCUCAGUCCGGGAAAUGGAAUCUGGGGAAGACCAUAGGUGCUGGCAGCAUGGGGAAGGUGAAGCUGGCUAGGAAAGAAGAUGGUACAGAGCAGGUUGCAUGCAAGAUCAUCCCCAGAGUCACGCCGGACGAUGGACAUACGCCGCGAGCAGAACGGGAACGAGCUGACCUCUCCAAGGAAGUCAGGACCGCGCGUGAGGCUGCGAUCGUCACACUACUCAGCCAUCCCCACAUAUGUGGUCUGCGGGACGUUGUGCGGACCAACUUUCAUUGGUAUAUGCUGUUUGAAUAUGUGAAUGGUGGCCAGAUGCUGGACUACAUCAUCUCGCACGGCAAGCUCAAGGAGAAGCAGGCCAGGAAGUUUAGCAGACAGAUUGCUAGUGCGCUCGACUAUUGCCACCGCAACAGUAUCGUGCAUCGGGACCUGAAGAUUGAAAACAUCCUCAUCAGCAAGACCGGUGACAUCAAAAUUAUCGACUUCGGACUCAGCAACCUUUUCGCCCCCAAGUCGCACCUCAAAACCUUUUGCGGAAGUUUAUACUUUGCCGCCCCAGAGCUGUUGCAAGCAAGGCCCUAUACAGGACCAGAGGUGGAUGUUUGGAGCUUUGGGAUUGUGCUUUAUGUCUUGGUUUGUGGGAAGGUUCCUUUCGACGAUCAAAACAUGCCGGCAUUGCAUGCAAAGAUCAAAAAGGGUGUGGUAGACUACCCAAACUGGCUAUCUUCAGAAUGCAAGCACCUACUUGGUCGCAUGCUUGUCACCGAUCCGAAGCAAAGAAUCACCAUGGCCGAAAUUCUAUCUCACCCGUGGAUGGUCAAGGGCUACAGCGGCCCUCCAGAGAACUAUCUCCCUAACAGGGAGCCUCUCACCCUUCCCCUGGAUCAGGAAGUGAUUAAUGGCAUGACUGGCUUCAGUUUCGGGCCGCCCGAGGUCAUCAAGGCUCAGCUCACCCGAAUCAUCGAAUCGGAAGAUUACCAACGUUCUAUUCGCGCCUACCAACGGGAAAAGGAGACUCAGCAAACUCCAAAGGACCCUGAGAAGAAACGUGGCUUUGGCUUCUACCGACGCCGGAACUCGUUUAGCAGCAAGGAUACACUCACGACGCCCAGCUCAGAAGGAUUAGCACUGGGCAACGAUCCUCUCAAUGCAUUCAAUCCCCUGGUAUCCGUUUAUUACCUUGUUCGCGAGAAGCAGGAGAAGGACAGCGCAUCGCGACGUCCAGCCACUUCGGCAAGACCCAACGCUGUUCCGGAGAUCGCUCCGCCACAAGAGGCGCAUACAAAUGCCUCUGCAUAUGAGAUGCCCGGAGAGAAUGCUACAGGUGGACGCACGCGACCGCGCGCGCGGACACAUGGUGAGGAUGAUGCACCAACCGAGCCUAUCAGACCGCCGCAGCUCUCUCCCCCGGCCGCCCCGCCGCCUGAACGCCUGGAGCCACCCAAGAAGGAGAGUGCUGCUGCCGGACUCCUCAGGCGGUUUAGUACGAGAAGGCGGAAGGAACAACCUGAGAGACUGGAUAAGGACCGCUCGCACCCACCUGUGGUUCAGGUUCAUUCUCCUGCCGAGAACAGUUCACAGCCCACCUCAGCCAUCCGUAAGAGCUUCAGCAUUAGACGUGGCAGACGCGAUCGGGAGGAACAAGCUUCGGCAGAGUCGCAAGCCCGAAUGCGGGCUGGGAGCAGCCAGCCGCAGCAUAGCGAUCUGCUAAGUCCCCCACUGUCGGCAGGAGCGAACACACAAACUUUCAGGAAGGGGCUUGGCCGUUCUGCAAGCGUGAACUCAGGAGAAUUCUCUCGGAGAAGGGCGAUGGGGACCGCGCGAACAUCCAAGGACCCUCCCCCAACAAGUGGAUCUGAUCAUUCGACCAUUCAUGAGAAGCCGCCCAAGGAGCAGCAGGAAAAGCGAUCCCCGACGACAGCCGGCCCAAGCCAGAGCAUGACCAGCCGGGCAAAGUCGCUGGGCCACGCCAGGCAGGAGAGCAUCCAAGCCAGGCGGCAGCGUCGCGAGGCGGAAAAGAAGCGCGAGGCGAACGUGCCCGAGGAGACUGAUGCUGAGGUUAAUGGCGCAGAUGAUUCGUCUAAGGAGCGAGUGACCGACUUCGACCUUGACAAGCCCGUGUACCUGAAGGGGCUCUUUAGUGUGUCCACGACUUCGGGCAAACCUGUCCGCGAGAUUCGUACCGAUAUCAAGCGUGUCCUCAAGCAGUUGGGUGUCGACUAUACCGAGAUAAAGGGUGGCUUCUACUGCCGACACUCACCAAGCAUUGACCUGCAGAAUGUUGCGGACAACGGCGCUGCCAGUCCUGCGCAAACUCCAAGUGGCGCUAAGCGACGGUUCAGCUUCGGUGCACUGCGCAGCGAUGGUAAGGAGGAGAGUAAUGGGGAAAGAGUGCCUGUCACGCCGAGGACGCCGGGCCGAUCCGGGGGCGGGUCUGGAACAGACCGGGAUCGACACGAUUCGAGCUCUGAGGUCUCGGAGAAUAGCGAGGCGCGGGAGGAGACAUCGCGCAGGAGGGAUCAUCCGGCGGGCGAGACGCGGACGCACGUGCGAAGCGACAUGGGUGAGAGCAUGGUGUCCGAGUUUGAGAUAUUCAUUGUCAAGGUCCCCAUGAUUUCACUCCACGGUAUCCAGUUCAAGAGGUUGGGUGGCAACACAUGGCAGUACAAGAACUUGGCUGAUCAGAUAUUGAAGGAGCUCAAGCUCUAGGUGGAUUUUAAUCAUUUGUUAUUGUUUUCCUUUUGUGUUCUCCUACGCUUGUAGGGUCCAUCAGAUUUCUGUCUUGCCCCUUGUUUUUCAGCCUCGGCAUGCAUACAUUUUUAUCAUCACUCUUCCGUAAUUACCUUUGGAUUUGUCUAUUAUAAUUCUUUGCGGAGGCUCCUGAACGGGGUGGGGGAACCGGUUUUCUUUCUGGCGGCUCGCUAUGCUGUAUGUGUCAGACAGACGGAAACUCGAGAGGGCUAUCUUCUUUCUAAACCAUAUAUACGAUAAUUACUGCCUUUUAUUUAUUUGAUUCAUCUUUUUCCAUCUCUAGAACCAAGUUUUGUUGAAAUUAGGUUUUGUGGUUGUUGUCCUUUCAGGUGGCAAUUUUGGCGAUCAAUUUGACUUUGGUGCGCAGCACACUUUUUUUGAAUGCACAA